AUGAAGUUUGGAACCAAGAUAAGCACCGACCUCUACAACGAAUGGCGGCCAUUCUACCUCGAUUACAACUUGCUCAAGCGCGAACUGAAGUAUCGGACCACCUCAUUUACAGGCUGGACUGAGAAGGACGAGGAAGCGUUUACGCGUAUGCUCGAGAAUGAGCUCGAUAAGAUACAUGACUUCCAGAAAGCGAAGACAUCCGAGCUGGCUCGCCGCAUCCGCGACGCGGAAAAGGAUGUCCAGCGCCUUGUCGUUGAAGAGCUGGAGGAUGAUCACCGCCAUUCGACGCGUAGCAAGGCUGCCUCGUCUGCUUCUUCGACCAAUGGUGAUGUAGAAGGCCAGCAACAUACCCACGACCCCUAUGCUCACGACGGCGGUUCCGAUGAUGACCUCGACGAAGAUGAAAACUCCGACGAGUCUUAUGAUGCCCUUGAGGAGCGGUUCCAUGGCUUAGAGGAAGAAGUCGCCGUUCUCGUGGCAGACGUUCACGAUCUGGCACUCUAUACAAAGCUCAACAUCACCGGGUUCAUGAAGAUCCUCAAGAAACACGACAAACAAACGAAACUCCAGCUCAAGACCACGUUCAUUCAGGACUACCUGGAGAAACGCCCGUUCUACAAGUACAACUGGGAUGCCCUUAUUGUCAAGCUCUCGAAACUCUAUGACCUUGUCCGAACUCGUGGCCAUCCAGUGCAAGGUGACUCAAGCGCAGGUGGCAACCAGAGUGCCUUCGUUCGGCAAACCACAAAGUACUGGGUACACCCCGACAACUUGGUGCCUCUGAAGUUGGCUAUCCUUCGGCACCUGCCUGUGCUAGUAUUCAAUCCUGACAAGGAGUUUGAGCAGAAGGAUGCUGCCAUCACUUCCAUUUACUUUGACAACGAGGACCUCGAGCUUUACCUUGGACGCCUAGAAAAGACUGAAGGAGCGGAAGCCGUCCGUCUACGAUGGUACGGAGAUGUCGAUAACAAGACGAUCUUCGUCGAACGCAAGACGCACCGAGAAGACUGGACAGGAGAAAAAUCUGUCAAGGCACGUUUCCCACUCAAGGAGCAUCUAGUCAACCCUUUCUUGCACGGCGAGUACACUGUCGACGCUGAUUUCCAAGAGCUCGUCAAGAAGGGCAAGAAGACACAGCAAGAAGUGGACAACAUGAUCCAGCUAGCGAACGAGGUGCAAUAUGCGAUCUUGACGAAGAAGUUGGUUCCAGUUAUGCGCUCGUUCUACAACCGCACGGCCUUCCAGCUUCCUGGCGACGCUCGUGUCCGCAUCUCACUCGACACAGAGCUGACGAUGGUACGAGAGGACAACUGGGAUGGCAAGGCUCGUGCUGGUGAGAACUGGAGAAGAACGGACAUUGGCAUCGAUUUUCCAUUUGAACAGCUAGUACCUGAAGAUAAAGAAAUCUUCAAAUAUGGUGUCCUUGAAGUCAAGCUCCAGACCCAGUUAGGUCAGACACCACCGAAGUGGGUUACGGAUCUCGUCCAGUCGCAUCUUGUGGAAGCCGUGCCGAAGUUCAGUAAAUUCAUUCAUGGAUGCGCAACUUUGCUUCCCAACCGUGUCGACCUUGUGCCAUUCUGGCUGCCUCAAAUGGACGUCGACAUCCUCAAGCCCGAUACAGGUUACCUAAGCGUCAUCGAACGACCUUCAACAUCAAGUCAACCUUCGUCUAGCAGAGGUACCAACCCGACGUCGCCCGACAAGACCCCAGGCUCUUCCUCCGGCGGCUCAAAUUCUCCCAUCGUUACCACUCAUUAUACUGAACCGCUCUCUGAGGGUGAGGACGACGAGAAUGAUGCUGACUUUGGCCCUGCCAGGGACGAAGACAAGCGGACUGGGCUGAGUGGUGCUGAGGUCAAGGCGGCUAUCGCCUACCGUGAACAGAUGCUGAAAGAACGGAGAGAAGAGGAAGAGGAGGAUCGGAGGCGGAAGAAGAAAGAUGGAAAGAAGAAAGAUGCUCAAGAUGGAGAGGUUGGGUUGGAAGAGGGCGAAGAGAGUGGGGAAGACGCUGUUGCUAACGGCACAGAAGAUGUUGCACCCGCAGAUGGAGGCAGCAAACGACCUCGACCGAGGGUUUUCCGCGAACAGUCAACGAUAUCCAAGAAACUGCGCACGAGAGUUCUUUCAAUAGACCCACUUGCACCAUCGACAGCCUUCGACGAAAAGCUCAAGACCAAGCUCGAAGGGGCCCAAGCCAAAGAGGACCGGCAUCACAAGAAGAACCGCUCAGCCUCUCGGCACUCCCAUGCAUCAGGCUCGCGGCGGGGCUACGGGCGGCGGAACGACCAGGUCGGCGACGACGAGGCCGCAAGGGAGGAGAACGCCAACGACGACCGGCCUGCGGACGAGGUAGAGGAGGAGGCUGCACUGGGUGGGCCGGCGAAGCGGGAUGGGGACGACAGGAUCCUGGAUAGACGCUGGCGCGCGCCUCAGGGCAAAAAGAUUUCGGUACCGGUACGGAUCGAGCCCAAGGUAUACUUCGCAGCGGAGAGGACGUUCUUAAAAUGGCUGAACAACGCCGUCUUCAUCGGCACUAUCGCCACAACUCUUCUCAACUUCAUCCCACCCGAAGACACUCGUGGACUCAUCAGCGCAGCCUUGUUCACCUUGGCCGCACUUCUCGCAAUCGCGUACUCCGCAGGAAUCUUCGUCUACCGAUCUUACAGACUGCGAGAACGUCAUGCUGAGGGCCUUUACUAUGACAAGUAUGGGCCCUCAGUACUUUGUGGCGUCCUGUUCAUAGCGCUUCUUACCAACAUCGUCUUGAGAUGGCCGCAGAUGUGA